UGUAAUACCAUCAUAUUCCGUACUGGCCAUGUACUGGCCUAUUGGUGCGCCCAGAACGUAUGCUGCUUCUAAGCAUAUAGUUCGCAGCGCCAAUUCACCCUCUUCCGACCCUGAUGAUCCCGAUAAGCCCGCCAUAACACCACUUUCGCCCGAUGCUGGACAACUCACACCCUUGGUCCUAGAGCACGAGCAGACACCUUUUGACACUGCGAUCGCACCGACACCUUCCACAGACGAGCACGGUGGUGCAGAAGAGCAGGAAAUAGUGGACAUCAAAACAUCCCGCGCUGGCAAUAUAUUCACCACCAUAACCUCUACGUCGCUUAGUGUAUGGCAGACCAAGCCCACUGCUCUGCUCGCUACCGUCACAAGGUCGAAUCAUUCGCUUCAAACAUAUGGCCCGAACACGUCUCUCCUGCUGCGCCCGGAUGCCCUCAUAGUCAUUGUGCAGACCCAGAAAGGCUUCCUCAUUACAUACUCCCUAGCCAUCGACUCGGCCGCUCGAGUAUAUCAGACCUCUAUCUAUACUCCAUCCGGGUCUCAUGUUCGACGGCCAAGCAAUGAAGCAUACAGUAAGAGGCCCAAGCUUGCCCCUGAGGGAGGACCUGCAGAAGGGGAAGGCAUCAAGGAAGUCAGUGUUCGCUUUCGCAUGGUGAUCCGGAUAGACGCUGGUAUUUCACAAGCCCUCGUGCUCGACGAUGAGCUUGUUGUCACCACUGUCAAACCUGCAGCUGUCCAGUGCAUACGUUGGACACCAGACAGCUCAGGCUCCUCUCACAGUACUGAACUUCUCAAGCGGAUGACCUGGCUGAUCGGCAAACCUUCUGUUGUAGACAUGUCAUACGAUAGACCCAUGAACCUUCACACUUGGGUGACAGAUGACGGAAGGGCGUAUGCAGUACAGCGAUUGUCUGGAACCAGUGCCGAUUCUACAAACCCCAAAAGUCUUUUCAGAGGUUUCUGCUUCCACUCUCCGGAUCACCUGGGCCUCUUUGCGACAAAGUCUGCGAUCAAUGCUCGUUUUUCUCUGAUAGCUAUCGGAUGUUCAAACGGCACGAUCCAAGUUUACUCUGCAAAGGACUAUCUGGGCAACAUACCACGAUCGCACGAACUCAAGUUGCCCGUGUCAGAAGCAUCUUCUGGUAGUCUGACAUUCUUGAGCUGGUCUCCAGAUGGAUACUGUCUCUUUGCAGGCUAUGACCAAGGAUGGGCAAUGUGGAGUGUUUAUGGUAAGCUAGGUGCAAACACUUUUGGCGCAGAUCGAUCAAUGUCGGAAACGAACGACGAAGAAUGGCUUUGCGGCGUGCGCGCUGGUUUCUGGGUUGGUGGUGGCGCGGAGAUACUGCUGCUUGGUCCCAGCAGACGCGAGCUGCAUGUUAUCGAGAUGAUGCGAAGCAGUGUGACGAGCUGCUUUGCAAUGCCCAACAUCUCCAGAUCCUUGCUACAAGGAAGCACUAGCUUGAUGCUAUACAGAGGAUUCGAAAGUUCUGACCAUACAACCAUAUCUGGCGACAUAUCCUUGUGGCAGACUGUGCAAGUCCCACAAGCCUAUCUUGCAUACCAAUGGCCGCUUCGACUCAGCGUCGUCUCUGCUGACGCGAGAUAUCUUGCUGUAGCUGGAAGACGAGGGUUGGCACAUUACAGUGUCGGCAGUGGGCGCUGGAAAACGUUUGAGGAUCCGAUAGCCGAAAAUAGCUUCACCGUACGAGGUGGUAUGUGCUGGUGGCAACACAUUCUUGUGGCUGCUGUAGAGUCUGGCAGUAGUUACGAGACUCUGACCAAUUCUCAAGUGUUGCACGCUGAGAUACUGCCGUACCCAGUGGUUUGUAUGGCUACGUCUGGAGAAGAUUCUUUAUUGGUGUAUACCUACGAGAACGUCCUGCUUCAUUACAUCUUCGUCUCAUCGUCUAAGACAGUCAAGCUGGCACAGGUUGGUCAAAUCGCGUUUCAUGGCAUCAUCAGAGCACCACCACGUGUUCGUGCUAUCAGCUGGAUUCUCCCCGAGGAGCAACGUGACAAUGGCGAUCCGUCACACGAUGUCGCUACAGCUUCCGUACUGUUCUUGGUUGAUGCCAAGUUGGUUUUGCUACAGCCUUCAGCAAACGAACACGGCGAGCUCAAAUACGAUAUGCGUGUUAUUGCUCACAAUGUGGAGUUCUACACACUGUCUAGAGAACAGCCGCCUUCCAGAUCACCACCAAGUACUCUCGACGACAGCCCUGAUAACAGCUAUCUACCUGCAGGUGCUCUGGGCCACAGCUUGCGUGACUCUUUGUGGUACUUCGAUGGCACAUCAAUGCACGCGUGGCCUGAUGUUCUCGAUGUGCUUUCCUCUGCUCUCACGGAGCACGGACGUGAGGUUGCUCCCACUGUCGCUAUCGCAACCGACUUCUAUCCACUGUCUGCGAUCGUGGAGAAAGGACUUCUCACUGGUCUCGAGUCGGAUCUAGUUCAACGUCGCGACAUCAACUUUGCGUUCUACCGUCUCAAUCCACGCACUCACUUGUCGAUACCGUCACUUCUACGACAUCAUCUAGCCCAGUACGAUUCACCCGCCGCGCUUCAUCUUUCGCAUUCUUACCAGAAGCUCCCUUACUUCAAUCAUGCCUUGGAAGUGCUCCUGCAUGAUGUCCUGGAUGACGAGGUUGAUGCUCCGCCCGAGUCAUCAGAGGCAGCACUUCUUCCUGGCGUCUUGUCGUUCCUCUCCUCAUUCCCAACAUACCUUGACAUUGUUGCUGGAUGCACGCGCAAGACAGAGUUGCGAAGCUGGAAAACCUUGUUUCGCUAUCUACCACCUGUUGCUGAGUUGUUUGAAGAGUCCCUCCGGAAAGGCAUGCUCAAGACGGCAGGAAGUUAUUUGUUGAUUCUGCAUGCUUUCGAUGAAGGUAGUUUCAGUGCGCGUCAGACAUCUACUCUGUUCAAAAGAGCUAGGGAAGAGGGCGACUGGGAUCUCUGCAAAGAACUCGCUCGUUUCUUAGUAGGAAUUGACGAGACAGGAAACCUUCUGAAAAGUGUGCUUUUUCGAGCUGGGCUGAGGGGCACUGAGCCUCCUAAUAGCUACAGCUCCUCGGACGAAGAUGUCAGCGGGCCUUUUCACAGCGCCAAUAUCUCCAAUGGCACGGCGAUUGAGACACCUGACAGGUCUGGGAGUGACAGUAGUGACGGCAGCAUAAUCAAUGCCGGUCGCAAUCUUGGUUCAUCCACGCAAGACUACUUUGCUGACCCGGCAGGAUACCCA